ACACUCCCAGCCAAUCGUCCUCUGGCUGUGCAGGAAGCUUUCCUUUCCCUUUGCAAUUCCUUGCGGCAACGCCCAGCCCCGUUUUGGAUUCGCUUUCCUUCUUUUCACUGUUACCGAGGUCGGCUGAAUCCCCACUCCCGAGUAUCCACAGGGAUGGACCCAUAGGUCCCCAGCCUCAGAUUUAACGCACUAAUUGCUGCUAACUGCAUUCAUUUCUUGGAGUUUGGGUUUUCUGCGCAGUCCAGCCUGAAAGCAACGACCUUGGGACCAGCAUUUUUCACCCUGCUGCCACUACCCAUGUGGACACAGGAUAUCACCAGGGCCAUUCGCCCCUCUGAGGUGUCCCCAGAGCUGCUGCAGCCCCUGGUGACUGUGGUGGCCACCUUGGGCAAGUUGGGGGCCAUCCCUGGUGACAUUUCCCUGGGAGGGAACAUGGGCUCACUACAGGCCAGGCUGCUGACCUUCAGCUCUGGUGUGCGCAGAGCCAUGGUGCACCCAGAUGGCGAUGCCACCCUCCUCCGAUGCGCCCUGGGGGCAUCCAAGGAACAGCCCGGUGCCCCCACAGCCAUCACUGACUCGUGGCAGGAGGCAGUGACCACAGUGAAGGACAUCUGGGCUGAGCUGCAGGAGGAUGCUGCAUGUCUGAGAGAUGCCUGUGGGAAUGUGGCCGCUGCCAAGGCUGCCACUGAGGCCACCAAGGGCCACUUGGUGGAAGCAGUGACACGGGAGGACAAAGCACACAAAGGGUUGAUAGCUGCCACCAGAGUGGUACCUUUGUCCUCAGAGGUGGCCCAGGUCACAGAGGUUGUGGCAGCCCAUGAUAUGCGGGUGGCAGAGGCCAAGGAAGGGCUGCAGGCAGCCACCAAGGCCACUGAAGAGGUGGCAGUGGCAGUGGUGGCAUCAGUGGCAGCCAAGGAGAGGGGACAACAUGCGGCAGUGGCCCAUGGGUUCCUGGUACAGUUGGUAGCCGCCUGUAUGGGGGCCUAUAACUACUAUAGUCAUGUGGAGCAUUGUCUCAAGGACAUCAAGGCCAUGGUGGGUGUCACUACUGGAUAUGCUGGCCCUGAUGUCCCCAAGGCCACCCAGGGGGACAUGGGUAUCCCCAAGGAGCUAGCAGAGAUAGUGGUGGUGGCCGAGGCGCUGUGGGAUGCCAGCGCCCGCCUGACCCAAGAGCACCUCUUGGGGACACUGCGUGGUAUUCGGAGCCUGCUGGCCACCUCCAGUGUCACUGAGGUCACCAAGGUCACCCAGCGCUGCCAAGAGGCCACUGACGCCCUCCCUGGGCUGCUGCCACCGGGGCUGUGCUAGGGGACAAACAUGUCCAUCAGGAACCAGUGGUACCAACACCACCAUGAGAUCAUGGAGACGGCAGAUGGGGCCUUCAGGACCGCCAUUUCAACCACCAGUGGAGUGAGAGCUGUCACAAAAUGUCACCUCAGUGUCACCUCCAUGCAUUCCCUCAACACCUCCAGGGACAGGGAUGCCACCACUUCCGUAUAAAAAUGGGAAAACCGUUUUGUUUUAUAAAAAUGGUUUUGUUUUAUAAAAAUGUUAUCACGUGACGAGGUUGUGGCUCCAUGUCACUUUAUCCCUAAUGUCAACAGGAUAUCCUAUGUCAGCAGGAUCCUCACACAUCUCCACCUUUGUCCCCUUCUCAUGUCUAUCCUCCUGUUCCUCUCCAGGUCCCUAUGUAUCACCUUCUCAUAUGUCCCUUUCCCAUCCCUUCUAUGUCCCUAUAUAUGCCUUCCAUGUCCCUUCCCAGUGGGCCCAUGAGUGUUUCUGGUGCCCCCAAAGCCAUCUCAACCACACAAAGGGGUCCUGGUGUCCCCAUGGGUUGCUUCUGGUGUCCCCAUUGUUGGUUUUGAGAUUCCCAAAGCCACCAUGACAACAAAAGGGAAUUCCCAUGGGUGUCCUGGUUAUCUCCAAGGCCACCAUGGUCAUGUCCCUGUCACCUCCUGUGUGCAUCACAUGUCCCCCCCCUCCUGGAAUGGGAUGAGAUUGGAGAUCCCCAGACCUUGCAAGCAGGUGACAGCCCCCAACCACCAAAAUCAACAAGCAUGGUCCAAGAGUGGUCCUGUUACAUCCUGUCACAGGCCAGGAGCUCCUGGAGUCACUGAAGGACUAUUGAGAGGUCUUGAGGGGCUGCCAGGGAGGCAAGAUGGCAGGGUUGGAUAAGGAGCUCUAGUCUGCAGGUCUGCGGGAUCCCAACUCCUGUGGGACUCCCCACAGCACCCCUAAGGAGUCCCCAAUCCCAAGGGGAUCCCUUCAUGUCCCACAGGACCCCUCAAUCUCCAUGGGACGCCUGUGACCCUUCGAAAAUUCCCCAACACCAGUGGGAAUCCCCACACCCUCCCAAAUACAAUAAGCCCACUUGAAAAAAGGCAGAACCUAUGGGAACCCACAGACCCUCCCAAAUCCCUAUAGGACUCCCCCAAUAAAAAAAAUAAAAAAUAAAAAAAAAAAAGCCCAGAGUCCCACAACCCAAUGCGACUCCCAACCACAACGGCACAACGGGAUUCCCCAAACUUCCCAA